UUGUGGUCGGGUGCGUGGAUGGUACGCUCAUCGCAAUCCCGAAGCCCCAUGGCCUGAGCUCCGCGGACACGACGCAUUACAUGUCGGGGAAGGGACUCUACGCAUUCAACACCACGAUCACAUGUGAUGCCGACCUCUGGAUGUCAGUCCAUGUUUCCUGGGGUCAUGUCAUGACUAGUGGGUAUGGCGGGGGAGCCCUCUCCGUCAGCACCUGGAAGCAAAACUUCGGCUUGCUUGGAGACUCCAGCUAUACAUUAGAACCGUGGUUCCUGACACCAGUGCCCGGACGACCAGCUCGUGGCACCCCUGAUGACCACUACAACAAGGCCCACACCGCCAUGCGCAAUGUUGUGGAGUGGUGCAUCGCUGUAAGCUUGUGCACAGCUGCUCAAGCAUCAUUGCUGCUUGUGCAGCUCUGCACGACAUUGCGUUGGCGGCACAUGAGCCUGUUCUCGAAGGAAACGAUGACGACACCGACGAUGCUGACUGCUGCCAGCAGCAGCUGAGCUACCACCACCACCACCACCACAACGGGAGCCAGCAGCAGCGCAACCGUGUAGUGAACCUGUUUCGAGAACUACAGGGCCUGCAUGCUUGAGCACCUGCGCAGAGUACGCCGCCGCCUGCAACGACCUCGGCAGCAUUGCGUGGUGCCUUCCGCUGCAAUGAGGGCCCGGGCGAGGGUACCAACGCCUUGCAAUUUGUGGACCGCGUCACCGAGAAGUUGAACCUGGCGCAGCUUUCCAAUGAUGCCUGGCCCUGCCGCCUGGUGUUUGCGGCUAGUAACUCCAGCGCCUCGGCCUGCCGGUUGCCCCCAUCUCGCAGCUGCGGCAUGAGCUGGAAACCAAGAAAUGUGUUGCCAUUAUCAUCUAUAAAUUUCCUGCUACCGACUCUUCGCUGGAAGCUUCUGUUCGUGAAGAGUUUCAGUGUGUGCAACAAUUUCCUCUCUGUUGAAAAUCCACUGACCCAACGGCAUCCAUGAAUGGUGCUUGGUUCACCGCACAACCGCACCCCAAGUGCAGGGUAGCCAACCGAGCCAAAGCUUGGUUAACCUCCCUGCCUUUCCUCUUCGUAUCUCUCUC